ACAAAGUUGUUUUCUUUGCACUUGAAUAUGCAUCGAUAUGAUGGUUAGGGUCAAUGCCUACGUUUCGCAAAACCAGUUGCUGGAAGUUGACUAAAAUCGCUAAUGAGUGUGGUAACACUGGAUGUGAAGAAACAUAUCUGCAGGGAGUGACUUGUGUGGAGCUGGAUAUUGAUGCAGAGAAAUCGACACAUGUUGUUGGUAGUGGAUCUCUAAAUCAAGUGUGUCUCUUUAAGCAGGAUAAUGCCCUAUGUGCUAGAAGUAAUAACAGCUUCAAGGAAUAUGAAUUCAUGUGUAGUUCAUGCAAGCAAACCUUUUUGUCAAAGUACAGUCUAAUAAUGCAUGUGUUUACACAUAUUGAUGGUGUACAGCCACCUGUACAUAUCUGUACCACAUGUGGUGAAGUAUUUCAUACCCAUGAUAGCUUGAGUAGGCAUUCAAUGGUGGAAAAAAGGACUAGCCAACGAGAAAGUGAACAACAUAGCACAGUCUCUAAUAUCAAACCAAACAGAUCUGAUAUUUUUGGGCCAUCCUAUAGUCAGUCAAGUCCUUCAGUAACAAACAAUGCUGAGAGACCACAUGUAUGUGACGUUUGUGGAAAAUCGUUUGAUGCUUUGCGCAGUCUUAAGAAACAUACUUACAAUCAUACUGACAAGAGACCACAUAAAUGCAAAGUUUGUGGGGUUGCUUUUAUUCGCCAUUCUCAUCUCAAGCAGCAUUCUCUGUCACAUACUGGCGAGAGAGCGCACAAAUGUAACGUUUGUGAGAAAUCAUUUAUUCUGCGUAGUCAUCUCAAGACACACUCCCUAAUACAUAUCAGUGGGAGACCAUACAACUGUGAGGUCUGUGGGAAAUCCUUUACGGCAUGUGGUAGCCUGAAGAGGCAUAUGUUAAUACAUACUGGCGACAGACCCCACAUAUGCCAUCUUUGCGGGAAAUCAUAUAUUGUAGCCGAAACUCUCAAGUAUCAUUUAUUAAAACAUACUGGGGAGAAACCGUACAAAUGUGACUUUUGUGGCAAAUCGUUUUCAAGGUCAUUUACUCUUAAGGCCCAUUUAAUACAACAUACUGCUGAGGCAUCACACAAAUGUAAUGUUUGUGGUGAAUCGUUCAUAAACUCUUGGAAACUAAAGGUGCAUACAUUAAUACACAAUGGCGAGGAGAGAGACAAAUGCGAUAUCUGUGGGAAAUUAUUUACUAAUAGUCGUGGUCUCAGGGUGCACAAAUUAAGACAUACUGGUGUGAAACCACACGUAUGUAAUGUAUGUGGAAAAUCAUUUACGGACGCUGGUAAUCUGAGGAAGCAUAUUUUCAUACAUACUGGUGAGAGACCGUACAAAUGUGUUGUUUGUGGCAAAUCAUUUACCGAGUCUAGUUGUCUGAAGAAACACCACUUAAUGCAUACUGGCGAGAGACCUUACAAAUGUGACAUUUGUGGCAGAGCCUUUACUCAGUCUGUUAGUCUGAAUGCGCAUAGGUCAAAUCACUUUCGCCAGAGUACAAAAAUUUUAUAACUGUGGGAUAUUUUAAAGAAAUCUCGAUAAGCUGGGUAGGUAUGUUAACAUAGAAGACAGAUCUCACAAAAAUAUGUCACUGAUCAGCUGCAAAAACUGAACUAGAUUUUUUAAGCAAUGUGCUAAAGACAGACAACAGUAAUUGCACAGAGGGAAUUGUUUUAGAUAUUAUUAUGAUACUAUAUCAGUGCAUUGUGGAGAGCCCAUUUUAAAAGUAUCAUAGCUUUGAUCAUUGUCAGGUGUGCAUAGUGGAAAAAUUUUUACAGGUUUUUGUGGAAAAUGUGCCAUGUGGAAAUGCAGACCAACUUUUUAAAGGUUGUAUUUCGAGAGAUAGUUGUUGUGUGUGUAAACUGGCUAAAAGUUGCCCAUUGGAACCAGCCAUGUGUGUGUGUGUGUGUGUGUGUGUGUGUGUGUGUGUGUGUGUGUGUGUGUGUGUGUGUGUGUGUGUGUCUGAAGUGUUUGUUCUACUUGUGUUAAUUUGUCUCUUGA